AUGAGAGAAAUUAUUCAUAUAUCAACUGGUCAAUGUGGUAACCAAAUCGGUGCUGCCUUCUGGGAAACUAUCUGUGGCGAACACGGUUUGGACUUCGACGGGAACUACCAUGGAACCUCAGAUCUACAAAAAGCUAGACUAGGUGUCUACUUCAAUGAAGCAUCCUCCGGAAAAUGGGUCCCAAGAUCCGUCAACGUAGACCUGGAACCAGGUACCAUCGACGCCGUAAGAAACUCGUCAAUGGGAAACUUGUUCAGACCAGACAACUACAUCUUUGGCCAAUCCUCAGCUGGUAACGUUUGGGCAAAAGGUCAUUACACUGAAGGUGCUGAAUUGGUAGAUUCAGUCUUGGAUGUCAUCAGAAGAGAAGCUGAAGGUUGUGACUCUUUACAAGGUUUCCAAAUCACCCACUCCUUAGGGGGUGGUACCGGUUCAGGUAUGGGUACUUUGUUGAUUUCAAAAAUUAGAGAAGAAUUCCCUGAUAGAAUGAUGGCCACUUUCUCAGUGGUACCUUCACCAAAGACUUCAGACACUGUCGUGGAACCAUAUAACGCCACUCUUUCUGUUCAUCAAUUGGUAGAACACUCCGACGAAACUUUCUGUAUAGAUAACGAAGCUCUUUACGAUAUCUGUCAAAGAACUUUGAAACUAACUCAACCUUCAUAUGGAGACUUGAACAAUUUAGUAUCAAGUGUUAUGUCAGGUGUAACAACGUCUUUACGUUUCCCAGGUCAAUUGAACUCAGAUUUGAGAAAAUUGGCUGUAAAUUUAGUUCCUUUCCCAAGAUUGCAUUUCUUCAUGGUCGGUUACGCCCCUCUAACCGCUUUAGGCGCUCAAUCUUUCAGAUCAUUAACCGUACCAGAAUUGACUCAGCAAAUGUUCGACUCUAAAAAUAUGAUGGCCGCCUCAGACCCUAGAAACGGUAGGUACUUGACUGUCGCCGCUUUCUUCAGAGGUAAAGUAUCCGUCAAGGAAGUUGAAGAUGAAAUGUUGAAGAUCCAAACUAGAAACUCUUCUUAUUUCGUAGAAUGGAUUCCAAACAAUGUGCAAACCGCCGUUUGUUCUGUAGCUCCAAAGGGUCUAGACAUGGCUGCCACCUUUAUUGGUAACUCCACUUCCAUUCAAGAAUUAUUCAAGAGAGUAGGUGAUCAAUUCAGUGCUAUGUUCAAGAGAAAAGCGUUCUUACAUUGGUAUACUAGUGAAGGUAUGGACGAAAUGGAAUUUUCUGAAGCAGAAUCAAAUAUGAACGAUCUAGUAAGUGAAUAUCAACAAUACCAAGAAGCUACUGUAGAAGAUGACGAAGAAGAUAUAGAUUAUGGUAAUGAGAACCAACCAAUGGUUGAAAAUUUCGAAUAG